GAGGUAUAAGAACCUUAAAAAGCCGGCGGAGUCAUUUAGUGCAACUGGUUUCUGGAUAACCCAUACGGUGUACACUCUCGCUCAUUUGCCGACUUGUCAUCGCGGCAACACUUUCGAAACUUCCGACAAUACAGAACGUCGAAAUUCCCUCAUAGCCAGCCGCCAGGGUAACCAUCUAACAAGCAGUAUGAAUCAUCUGCCCUACCUCCUUACCUUCGCGAUACUGUUGAGCGCAGCGUUUGUGGACGCAGAGCCGUCCAGCAAACUCGAAGUCGAGUGCAAUCAACCAACCGCAUCCACUGCACCGCCGGAACCUUCACCUGCGCCAGAGAAUGUCUCCUUCCGCACGGAUAAUGUGACGCGAGAAGAAUGUCUGGCCUACUUUGCUUUGUGGACCAGAGCGACGUCACUCUGCAGCCCGGUCCAAGCACAAGUCCAUUGCGAUAGCGACCCGCGCGGAAUAUUCGCCAUAUCCAAGACGUAUAUCCAGGCGCAGUGUUUGAGGGGCGAUCGCACUGACGCCGGCCGCCUUACGAGCAACGUCCACCGGAUCAGCCCCGGUCGCGCCGUGACCCUACUGCUGGAAGAUCACACCGUCGCCCAGGAGAACCCCGUACAUCAUGACGUCAUCGAGCCAGUUCGUCAGCAGUUAGUUCAACUGACCGUCCUACGCUGCGUCACGCCGAACAUCACGGCCACGAUCUACGCUGUCGGGAUGUUGCCGCGGCUGGUAGCGCUGAAACUGGACGGCUGCCGGCAUUUGGUUAUCGAAAAAGAGCAUUUUUCCCGGAUGCGCAACGUUCAAAUGAUCCACUUGUCCUCGUCCACCAUCGCCCGGUUAGAAGUGUACACCUUCACGGAUCUGCCGCGGCUGGACAGUCUCACCUUUGAAGACGGACUGGGUGCGGAAUUUAAGCAGUUACAGGAUGGUGAUUCCAGUGAAGAGGUCCUCCCAGUAAUCAGCCAAGCUGAGAUUGACGCUGUACGCCGUGUACACUGCGACUGCUCGUUCGCGUGGUUCCGCAACUUCCUCCAGCGCAAGCCGCACUUGACAGCCGUUAAGGAGAAAGGCCAAGUAGUCACAAUUGGAAGCUAUAAGACAUCGUACGUUGACAAGUAUGACGUCCUCAGUGUGGAUUGUGCCCGUAGUCUGACGUACGAUAAUAUACGUGUGGGUACCCAGUUUUCGUACAACUCUACGUGCUAUGAUGCGUCCCAGUGCUAAGGGUCUGGAUAAAGUCUGCGAUCACCGUGUUUUACAACUUCUACUCACUUUUACUUGAGUGGAGUGGAUGUGGUCAGCCGGCACACGCAAAUACUCAUUAAGACGUAUGAAAUAAAAUUAAUGGUACUUAUUUACUUAAUCCUUAUCUUUUAUGUAGGUUUAACUGUUCGUCUAAUC